AUGUCGACUCGCAGACACGGUCACGGGCGAGGUAGAGGUAGGAUAGGCACCGUUACUCCUGGCCUGGCUGGGAAUGACCCAAUAGAGUUUAUGGCUGCCCUGGGAAAUAUGGCUACAGCUAUACAGGCGAUAGCCGAGGCACUAGGUAAUCCAAUAAACCAGGGUAAUCACGGAAACAAUAAUGAUGAAAAAGGCCCUAUGACACUUGCAACAUUUCUGAAAGUUCACCCUCUGACCUUCAGGGGAACCUCAAAUCCCACUGAUGCAGAUAAUUGGAUUCAGGCUAUGGAACGGGCAAUGCAAGCUCAACAAGUUCCUGAGGAACAAUGGGUUGAGUUUAGAACUUAUCAGCUGCAAGGCGAGGCUCAAUAUUGGUGGCAGAAAACACGACGUAUCCUGCAGCCAGAUGGCGUUGUGAUUCCUUGGGAAGUCUUUCGAACAAAGUUCUAUACGAAAUACUUUCCUGAUUCACUCAGAAAUGCCAAGGAACUUGAAUUAAUGCAAUUAAAGCAAGGCCAAAUGACCGUUACUGAGUAUACUAGCAGGUUUGAAGAGUUAUGUCGCUUUUCUCAUAUCUGUCAAGGUGCGUCUGAAGAUUUUGUUGAGUGGAAAUGUAUUAAGUAUGAGGGAGGUCUUCGGAGCGAUAUUAUGAGCUUUGUUACACCGAUGGAGAUCAGAGUGUUUUCUGAAUUGGUGAAUAAGAGUAGGGUGGCUGAGGAAUGUGUGAGGAAGGCGGCAGUAGAGAAAGGAAGUUUGAGGGUGCCUUUUCAAAGGACUUCAGGGAGAAACUUUGCUCUGAGAAGUAGGAAUUUCAAGCGUGGAGGCUUUGUUUCGCAGCAGAAUCAAGGAGCAACUCAUUCAUUUAUUGCAUUUGAAAAGGCUAAUGAAUUAGGAUUGAGGAUGGUAGUUUUAGGUUAUGAUUUGAAAGUGCAUAAUGCUACUCAUGAAGCUAUGGUGACUAGGUUAGGAUGUCCACAAGUUCCAUUUCGAGUACAACAACGUGAAUUUGUGCAUGAUUUGAUUUGUUCGCCGAUGAAUGGUCUAGGUCUCAUCUUGGGAUUGCAUUGGUUAUCCAAGAAUCAUGUUUUGCUUGAUUGUUAUGAGAAGUCAAUACAUUUUAUGCCGGAAGGGUCAGAAGCGCCGGUUGUGAGUUUAGAGCAGAUUCUGGUUGUAUGUGAAUUUCCUGACGUGUUUUCGGAUGAUAUUAAUGAAUUUCAACCUAACUGGGAGGUUGAAUUCGCAAUUGAGUUGCUGCCUGGAGCCGGUCUGAUUUCGAUUACUCCUUACAGGAUGUUACCUUUAGAAAUGGUUGAAUUGAAGGCUUAA